AGCCCUUUUCAGUACGGACAACUGCUUAAAGCGGGUAUCAGCUCGACAUCCAACCAAUAUGUUUCCGUGAAUAGGCGUCGGAGCAGUAGCCGCAAUUAAUGCCACCGCCGCUGCCAAAAUACUGUGAGAAGCAGCCGCCCAACAAAAGAAGGCUUUCUUCAUCGCUGCACAUUCGAGGCCCUGAAGUGGUCGGUCUCACCAUAAUUGGAGUGGCUCUCGCGCCGCUGUUCUCUAUGUGCGUCACGUGCAGUUUGCCGCUAGUUCUGGGGCUCUAUGUCUGCUUCAAGAUUGUCAGGAGGAAAACUGCCGGUCGCAUAGUGGUCAACGAUUAUGCGGCUUUCAUUACGGGAUGCGACACAGGUUUUGGACACGAUCUGGCUCGGCGGCUUGACGACCGAAAGUUCACAGUGUUCGCCGGAUGUCUACGACCAGAUGGUGCAGGUGCCCGGAAAUUAGCAUCCGGGGCGUCCAAACGUCUGCACGUGGUUCCUCUAGACGUGACAUCAGACGACAGCGUAGAGGAAGCUCACGCAUACGUAAAGAAACAUCUCCCCUCGGGAGGUCUAUGGGCAAUCGUUAAUAACGCUGGCUUUAACGUCAUGGGAGAUGUAGAGUGGUUGACGGUAGAUCUGUACCAUAAAGCUAUGGACGUCAACUUCUACGGAGCCGUACGCACGUUCAGGCGUUUCCUGUAUAUGGUUAGAGCAACUAAAGGUCGCGUUGUCAUAGUUACCAGUGUGAAAGGCCGCAGCUCGUGGCCGGCCGACUCCGCAUACCACGUGACCAAGCACGGGUUGGAGACCAUGGCGGACUCGUUGAGGCUGGAAAUGCGCAAGUUCGGCGUGAACGUGGCGAUCAUAGAGCCCGGGGAUUUCAGCACGGCGACAGCCUGUCAGAAUGAGGAAGUGUUCCAACGUUAUCGGAAAGAAGCCGACAAAAUGUGGGAAUCUGCGCCCACCGAAGUACGUGAAGUCUAUAGACGCCGCUACCUAGACGCUAUGUUAGAGUAUCAGCGUUCGAGCAUCGGUCGAGGCGGCGGGUCCACUGCGCCUGUUAUGGACGCCAUGGAGGACGCCAUUCUGAGCAGACGUCCGCAUACACGCUAUAUGAUCGCCGGAAGCUGCCUCGACAUGCACACGACUCUGGCCCAAUACUAUGACGUAAUGCCCACGUGGGUCUCUGAUCUGAUUAUCAGCUGCUGGACUGGCUGCGAUUGCUUCCCUGACUACCGGAAACUAAAGCUAGAAUAACGCACCGCGUUCACACAUGUUACACUGUAGGCCUGGUCCUGUCUAAAGAACUACAUUUAGAAGUGCAUUAUACUUUAAGUUUUAAGUAUUAAAUAAAAUGCCAAACAAUUACUGAUAUAUAAAUAAAGUUUAUGUAAAAACUAA